GGCGGGCACCGCUGGGAGGCGGAAGGAGCCGCAGGCAUGGCGGCGGCCUUGCCGCUUGCUGUGCUCCUGCUGCUGCUCCUGGGGCCGGUGGGCGGGGGCCAUGCAGAGCCUCCACGCGACACCCUGCGGGAGGAGCUCGUUAUCACCCCGUUGCCUUCUGGGGACGUAGCCGCCACAUUCCAGUUCCGCACGCGCUGGGAUUCGGACCUGCAGCGGGAAGAAGGUGAGAGGAUCACACUGGAGAAAGACAACUGCCACUUGCUGGUGUCUCAUUAUAGGCUAUUUCCCAAAGCCCUGGGGCAGUUGAUCUCCAAGUAUUCUCUACGAGAGCUGCACUUGUCAUUCACGCAAGGCUUCUGGAGGACUCGAUACUGGGGGCCACCUUUCCUGCAGGCCCCAUCAGGUGCAGAACUCUGGGUCUGGUUCCAAGACACCGUCACUGACGUGGAUAAAUCUUGGAAGGAGCUCAGUAAUGUCCUCUCGGGGAUCUUCUGCGCUUCUCUGAACUUCAUCGACUCUACCAACACGGUCACUCCCACUGCCUCCUUCAAACCCCUGGGGCUGGCCAAUGGCACUGAUCAUUCUUUCCUGCGCUACGCUGUGCUGCCACGAGAGGUCGUCUGCACGGAGAACCUUACCCCGUGGAAGAAGCUCUUGCCCUGUAGUUCCAAGGCAGGCCUGUCUGUGCUGCUGAAGGCUGAUCGCUUAUUCCACACCAGCUACCACUCCCAGGCAGUGCAUAUCCGUCCUGUGUGCAGAAACACGCGCUGUACCAGCAUCUCCUGGGAGCUGAGGCAGACCCUCUCUGUGGUAUAUGAUGCCUUCGUCACAGGGCAGGGGAAGAAAGACUGGUCCCUCUUCCGGAUGUUCUCCCGAACACUUACAGAGCCCUGUCCCCUGGCUUCAGAGAGCCGAGUCUAUGUGGACAUCACCAGCUACCACCAGGACAAUGAGACGUUGGAGGUGAGCCCGCCCCCAACCACCACAUACCAGGAUGUCACCCUCGGUACCCUGAAGACCUACGCCGUCUACGACUUGCUUGACACAGCUGUGAUCAACAACUCCCGUAACCUCAACCUCCAGCUCAAGUGGAAGAGCCCUCCUGCGACUGGAGCUCUCAACCGUGGACUCGUCUUUGCAGAGGCCCCUCCGGUGCCCUUCCUGUAUGCCCAGCGAUACGUGAGCGGCUACGGGCUGCACAACGGGGAGCUGAACACGCUGCUGUACAACACCCACCCGUACCGGGCCUUCCCCGUGCUCGUGCUGGACACCGUGCCCUGGUACCUGCGGCUCUACGUGCACACCCUCACCAUCACCGCCAAGGGCAAGGAGAACAAACCGAGUUACGUCCACUACCAGCCCGCGCAGGACCGGCUGCAGCCGCACCUGCUGGAGAUGCUGAUUCAGCUGCCGCCCAACUCGGCCACCAAGGUCUCCAUUCAGUUUGAGCGGGCGCUGCUCAAGUGGACCGAGUACACCCCGGACCCCAACCAUGGCUUCUAUGUCAGCCCGUCUGUCCUCAGUGCACUCGUGCCCAGCGUGGUGGCAGCCAAGCCCGUGGACUGGGAGGAGAGCCCCCUCUUCAAGUCCCUGUACCCGGUGUCCGACAGCUCCAGCUAUUUCGUGCGCCUCUACACGGAGCCGCUGCUGGUGAAUCUGCCCACGCCGGACUUCAGCAUGCCCUACAACGUCAUCUGCCUCACAUGCACAGUGGUGGCCGUGUGCUAUGGCUCCUUCUACAAUCUCCUCACCCGAACCUUCCACAUCGAGGAGCCCAGCACCGGUGGCCUGGCCAAGUGGCUGGCCAACCUUAUCCGGCGUGCCCGUGGUGUCCCCCCGCUCUGAGAUUUCCCUCCUUCACGGCAGGGCUGCUGUUUCUCUCUGGGGAGGGCUGGCGGUGACCCUAAGGGCUCUUUCUGCCGCUUGUUCUCCCCAGGGUUGGCUUUUAAACCAAACGGCCCCUGGACGAGGCCAGGGCUUAGAUGGGCUGUCCAGCUCAGUAGCCAUGAGCCAGAUGUGGCAUUUGAAUUUAAAUUAAAUUAAAAAUUCAUUUCCUUUACUGUCCCAGCCACAUUUCAAGUGCUCAGUAACCAAAAGUGGUUUGUGGCUGCUGUCCUGGACGGUGUGGACAAACGUUUCCAUCAUUGCAGAAAGUUCUAGGACAGCACUGACCUAGAUAUGCUGAAGAACUUGUCUCACUGUGUGGUAGCUGGAGCUUAAUGGUUGAAUAAAAACCAGAAUAUGUACGAAUGGG